AUGUUUCGACCACAGCUGAGGCAGAUUUCGCUGCAAUGCGAACGGGCAAAAAUCGGUCUUUCUACACCUGUUCGCCAGUUCUCCUGUACCCGUACAGUGGCCGAGGAAGGUCAAGACAAGCCAUCUGACAACCGUAAACCCACUACCCGCCCUUCAUCGAGCAGUUUUAUGACCUACAAGCCUCGCGAUCCCAAUGCCCCCCCAGCUCGCAACCCCAAUGGUCCCCCGGCUCGCAGCGCCAAUGGUCCUCCAGCUCGCACCCCCAAUGGGCCCCCAGCUCGUACCAACCAGCAUCAAUCCCGUCCUCCUCGAGUGAUUGACGCUAGAUCUUUUGCGGCUGCACGAGCUAGCGGUGGAGAGCAAUCCAAGAUUAUCCGCAGCCCGAGAUCACGCAACGUUCGAAGUGGCAACCAACCCCAAAAAGGCAAACCCAACGCCAAAGCCGCUAAGGGUAAACGAACCGGCCUGCCGCGCAGGAACGCAAAGACUUCCGAGAAAGACGAUGGCGAAGAUGCCGAAGGGGCAGCUAUCGACCAAAUUCUUGAAGAGAACAUCAUCAAGUCCCGGCCAACCCCCAUCCGCUACGAGCCCCAGGAGAUCAAUUACUCUACUUUGAAAGAGACCUGGCCUUCAAUCCCCACAGACGUGAACUCACGCUCGUCUGCCAUCUAUGAAAAGCUUUCCAGCCUGAGCGGCCGCGUUCCCAAUGGCUAUAUCCCACCCUACGAGCUUGGAAGGCGCAUGUGGAAGGGCCAGAACGUUCUGUUCAGCAGCGAGAACGAGAAGGCCGAGGCUAUGGAAGAGAUCAAGCGACUGGCUCAGCUUCGUGCUGAUCGAAUUUCACAGCGCAAGGGUGACCUUGUUGAGCCUCGGAAUGUCGAGUUUAGCCCCAUCGACGCGGAAAGCACUAAGACUCUUAUAAAAACAUUCGUUCAGGGAAAUUACCCCACGUCUGAAGUCGGGAAGGGUGGACAUGCCGUAUUGGGAGAGGUGUCGAAGAACCUCAGGAACAACGGCACUUACCAGACAACCGGCAAGACCGCACAGUUCAUGGCCAAGAUUGAAUCUCUUGUCUCUGCUGGCCGCAACACCAAGAGCGCCUAA